UUCUUGGUUGCGUUCCGUAAUUUCCGUAUACCACGAUUUUUUUUUUCUGUGGCUAACCACGAACGACGUUUCCAACCAGCUACAUUAUCGUCGGCUGGUGUAUUUGACCAAAAAAACCAAUAAAAAGCCGUGAAAAUGUUGGGACGUAUCGCGCCUGGUGUCGCCCAGGUGACGGCGGUGGUCAGUCACCAGCAGAACAGGAAUAUGGCCACUCUGAAGUCCAUUUCCCUCCGUCUGAAGUCGGUAAAGAACAUUCAGAAGAUCACCCAAUCCAUGAAGAUGGUGUCCGCUGCCAAAUACACUCGCGCCGAGCGUGACCUGAAGGCUGCGCGCCCCUAUGGAGAGGGUGCUGUCCAGUUCUAUGAGAAAGCUGAGGUCCAGGCACCCGAAGAUGAGCCGAAGCAGCUCUACAUUGCCAUGACCUCAGACAGAGGUCUGUGCGGCGCCGUCCACACCGGCGUCUCCAAGGUCAUCCGUCUCCGCCUGGCCGAGCCUGGCGCCGAGAACAUCAAGGUCAUCUGCGUCGGCGACAAGUCCCGCGCUAUUCUGUCCCGUCUGUACGGCAAGCACAUCAUCUCUGUGUGCAACGAGAUCGGCCGCCUCCCCCCCACCUUCCUGGACGCCGCGCAGCUCACUAACGGCAUCCUGACCUCCGGCUACGAGUUCGGCUCCGGCAAGAUCAUCUACAACAAGUUCCGCUCCGUCGUAUCCUACGCGCAGGAUGACCUGCCCCUGUUCAGCAGGAAGGCUGUCGAGGCUGCUCCCAAGCUGGCGGUGUACGACUCCUUGGACUCCGAAGUGCUGCAGUCCUACAUGGAGUUCUCACUUGCCUCUAUGCUCUUCUACGCCCUGAAGGAGGGCGCGUGCUCGGAGCAGUCGUCGCGCAUGACGGCCAUGGACAACGCGUCCAAGAACGCCGGCGAGAUGAUCGACAAGCUCACGCUCACCUUCAACCGCACGCGCCAGGCCGUCAUCACCCGCGAGCUCAUCGAGAUCAUCUCCGGCGCCGCUGCGCUCGAGUAAAUUUAAAAUUUUGACAACGGAUUUUUGGGGGGAAUUUUGGAGGGAAUUGAAAUCGUGGAAUCAAUGUUUUUUAUCCUGGGUAUUAAAUUAAUGGCCUAAUUUGUCUAACCAAUCUGUCAUUUUGGUAGAAUUGGCCAUCGCCUACAUUGUUAACUGAGGGUAAACGUUAUUACAAAAGGCAUAAGGUCCACCGAUGGACAGAGUGCUGUUUGUACUUAGGAUUUAAAUCAGACAGAUAAAAUAUCUGAGACAGUGCAUUUGGAUUGCAAUUUCUUUGAACUUGAAGAAAAGUUAUUCUGUCUUUAAAUUGAAAAGAUGACGAAUAAGGUUCAUGUCGCGACUGUCCUGCGAAAGAAACGAUAUUUUCAUCUUUUUAGCAUGGUUUUUUGCCAAGCUGGUGUAAUCAUCUAGAGUGAAACCUAACAUGGUAGGGGUGUUAGGCUCAUGGGGUAAGAAAAGCUUGAAAUUCGUUGUCAAAGUAAAAAUUGUUUUAUUUAUAUUAUACUGCCGUUAAAAAAAUGUAAUCAAUAGAAAAAUGUACCAUAUUGCUGACAUUGUCGGACGGUGUUCACAUUUAUUUGUAAAAAACACGCAUUUAUAUACUUCACUGGCUUUUAGACCUUUUUAUAAAUAUAUUUGGACACUGUUAGAUGAGGUUAUUUGUCGAUCAUGGUUGGAAACCAACGGUGAAAGUGGUGGUUUAUUAAAUAAAGUAUCAUUUAGAUUUA